AGCUUCUCCUUAAAGCAAUUUUUCAAUGUGCCUUUCAAACUUAUUCACAGUGGCUAUGAUAAGUGACAAGACUGCGUUUGAAAAGCUUUGCGACAGCUGCCGUCGGUGGUGGUUGGCGGGUAUAAUUGUGGAUCCAUGCACGCAUUAGUUUAAGUCUCCCAAUCUCAGGUGCCGUCGUGCUAUUGUUGGAGCCAGAACCCGUACACUUCAUUCACAAAGUUAAUCACCCCGAUCGAAACAAGUGCAAAAUUUUCACUACUGGCGGUCGCGGUCACUGGAACUCGGAGAGCUCGGGGUAAAUUCGUUAAAUAUAGUCUCUAGAUUCCUCACACUAAUUUAAAAACUGACUCACGAGUCGCUUCUUUGAAACAAUGGGAGACGAGAUGUUGAGCGUGUUUUACAGUGGAGAUAUUUUUGCCGGCCACGGUAAGAUAAGCGCUCGGGAGGUAGCGAACCUGAAGGCAAGUUUCGACGAAAAGAGCGAAUUUCGCCUUUUCAGGGACUAUUUUGGACUCAUAAGACUUGUACAGAACGCUGAGUUGAACGGUAAAGGAACUGCAGGGAUAGACAGUUUGUAUGAUUUCACCUACACCAAAAGAUCUCGUGUGGACAGCGUGGGAUCGGAUCACUCUCUAACGAGCUCGGGUUCUGGUGGAAAUCCAGACAUUGAAUUGUGCAUUGAAACGUCAAAAGCGCCAGGCUCAUCUCUCGCGCCCGGCGCACCAACCAGAAACGUUUCCAAACGGAACGCCGAAAACAACAGCGAAGUGGCCAAUCGCAACCGGAAGAACCGCGAAAGUAAGAAGAACAGAAAUGCGAACGUGUGUGUAUUUUGCAGAAAUAACGGAGAAAGCAAAAAAGUCUAUUCAAGCCAUGUUCUGAAGGAUGCCGAGGGGAACACUACAUGUCCAAUACUCAGAGCAUACACAUGUCCUCUAUGCAAAGCAUCCGGGGACCAGUCGCACACCAUCAAGUACUGCCCCAAAAAUAAAAGCUCUGCAAAGCAGCCGCCGCAGAACACUCCACUGACUCAAAACAUUUGAAUAAAGAACUAUUGCUGCACAUGCAAAUCUGAAAAAAAGGUUAUACGCGGCAGACGAACUCAUUUGAUUUCUCGCCGCUGGCGAAUAACGAACAACAGCACUUGAGAAAGGCGGGUAUGAAAAGGCUAGUGCUUAGAAACUCCAGCCUCUAAAUUGUGGUAAAAUAAUCUGGAUAUAUAAAUUAUAGAACGAGAUAUUAAAACGUAUUUAAGUAUUGUAGAUUGUUUAGGUUUUUUAAGGAAUAUUCCACAGUAGGUAUCGUGCUCCUUGUCACUUUCUUUGAGCGUUAUAGUAUUUUUUAGAGGUUUUGUAACAUCUUUCAUAAAUUGUUUCUUAAAUGGGAUAAACCUGUAUUGCCCGAUGAUGCUCAAAGAUAUUCAUAUAACUAAGCUGACUUUGUCAGCAAUUUGUGGGGCGAAUGCUCCCAUGUUUAUGGUUUGACCAAAUUUAACAAGAAUUUGACAGACACUUAGAAAAUAAUAUUGUAUAACAAAAAAUUGCCCACUAUAUUCGGCGCGUCAAAAUUUUAACAUAUAUGAAAUUAAUAAGUGUACAGGACAUCGAUAAUGCUUAACCUCGGACUAUGAAGUCGGUUAAUCCUGUUGCUAAUUUUUUAAUCGACAGAAAUUCAUGAAUUUCUUGCCGAGAAAAUCUACCGAAUUCGGGCUGAGAAAAAUCAAUCUUAACACAAGAUUUCUCCAUGUUUCAUUUUACCUCUAAAUCUACCCAACUUUAUGGUUGCUUGGGUGAUUCCAAAUUAAAAAAUAAAUUCAGAAGUCGUAAUCCGCAAACAAGGAAAUUGCUAAAGAAAAUAAUCUUAAUCAUUUAGUGGGCGCCUUCUGAAAUUUAAAGCUUGGCUUUUGGGGUUUGAAGACAAUGCUUCAUGUCGGAGAAAUACAUAGAUCCUCUAUGAUAACGAAUCUUUGCGAUGGAGAGGGGCUAAAAACUUGAAUUGAUAAAACAGUGUGCUAAUGUUAUUAACCAACUCCAUGCGAAACAUUAUCCAUGCAAUAAAAUUGAAUUGUUUUCAAAUGC